GUAGUUUCAUCUGCGAUUCCGCGAUGUGAGGAUGUCUCAAGCUUUGCAUCCGUUGGACGAAGAUUCCUUAGACGAGUCGAUAUGAACAGCUGGCGAAUAGGAUUUGGCGCUUUUUUGUCUAUUAUGUUGGCAGGCGUGAUCGGUGUUUUAGAAGCAGCAGAGAAUGGUCAGCCUGCUUCCUAUCAGGUGCAUCCCUCAUCGAUCGCUUCGCUUAAGGCAGCUGGUGCCAAAGCACCUGAUGAUGAUGACGAUGAUGAUGACGAAGACUACAAGGAUGAUGGAGGCCUAGAUGAUGAUGGCAGAAUUUACAAGAAUCCACGAAACUCGCCGAGUCCUGAUUGCCCCAGAGACGAGGAACUAGCUCUCUUCUUGGGACAAAAAUGUCUCAGGAAAUGCUCUUCCGAUGAGGAUUGCAAGAGCAAAAAGAAAAAGUGCUUGUGCGACGGAUCCUGCGGCCUCUCAUGCAUCAAACCUGAAAGAGAAUGCCCCGCCCUGGAGAAUCCGACUCUGGGUAGAGUGGUGGUGUCAGGAAAACUGUUUCGAGACAAGGCCACCUACACGUGUGAAGCCGGAUUUCAUGUGGUCGGCCUGAGGGAGAGGACAUGUCAAGCGGAUGGACAGUGGUCGGGAGGUGCACCCACUUGCAAGCAGAAUGUAUACUGCAAGUCUCCCCCGGAAAUGGAACACGCAAGACAUAAUGCAUUUCCAGAGCAACUGACUUUUGACUUGGAUGCAACCAUCCAAUAUCAAUGCUCUCAUGGAUUCGUCACCAAUGGAUUUCCCACUGCUAAAUGUCUGGCUAUGGAUGGAGCAACUGCCUCCUGGUUUGGGCCCGAUAUAUCUUGCGAACCUCGAUCAUGUGGUGCACCCCAAGACACAGCUCAGGGCUGGCAUGCAGGUGAAUGUUACACAUAUGGAUGUCGGGUCACCUAUCACUGUGCUGAUGGUUUUGAGCUAGUUGGGCGAAAUGAACGAUUUUGUCAAGCUGAUGGCUCAUGGACACCUAAAGAGCUUCCUGCCUGUGUGCUGGUUACAGCGGUGCAGUGUCCUCAGCCUGACCAGCCGGUUAACGGCCGCGCCAUAUUCACAUCGUGCUCCUAUAAUUCAGUUGUCAGCUACGAGUGCAAGUACGGCUACACGCUGAUUGGAGACACCACGCGCAGAUGUGGCGCCGACCGCAAGUGGAGCGGAAUCGCGCCAAAAUGCCAAGAAAUUGACUGUGGCCAUCCCGGCCCAUUGUACAAUGGAUGGCUUGAGAACAUCGAAGCAGGUACGGGACUGGGAGCAUCCAUCAUCUUCAGGUGCCACGAAGGAAUGCUUCUUUUGGGUAAUACAUCGACAGUUUGUCAGAUCGAUGGCAAGUGGCGCUAUCCCUCACCGUUGUGUCUAGCUCCAUGCGUGGUUCCGCAAGUGACACAGGGGAAAGUGAUCAUUGAUGUAAAUGCAACAAGGCCAAAUAUGACUUCUACGGGAGACUCUGUGAUGGUGUCUCAUGGCGAUCACAUCUCUUUGGAAUGUGAGGAGCGUUAUGAGCCAGCCUUGAACAACACUCCUAUAACAUGCAAUAAUGGAACAUGGUCUUUCAUACCUCGCUGUCAGCCAGCUCGAUGUAAAUACAUGGCCAAGGCACCAAGAAACGGAAUGGUGUUUGCUCCUAAAACUGAGCAUGGGAUGAAAGCAAGAUACACGUGUAAAGACGGCUUCACACUUCGGGGAGAGAGCACCACACUUUGUCAUUUUGGAAAUUGGACUGGUGAACCGCCUUAUUGCCAAGAAGUUUACUGUCCCUUCCCUGGAUAUGUUGACAAUGGAAAAGUUCUACUAGUUGGAAAUAUGGGCCUCUACGAUUAUCGGCCUUAUGUACGUAAAGUAACCAAUAACAAGCAGAUAAUGUAUGAUUGCAAUCGUGGCUAUGUAUUGGCUGAUGGGCCUCCAGGAGCUACUUGCGUUGGAGGGCAUUGGAGUCCAAAACAACUUCCAAGAUGUGUACCCGGCCAGCAUCCACGUUUACGAUGGAGUCGUUCUGUCAGAUCAAAAAGAGCUGCAAAAUUUAGAAAAAUAUUCCGAGCCAUCAGCUUGCGCACUCUAAUGCGAGCGAAGCGAGCUCUGUCUGGCUCCAGUAGUACGCAUGUAAUGCGUAAAACAUCAACAGGUUCAUCAUCUUCAUCCUCUAAACCGGGAGCGGCUGGCAGUGGAAGAGCGUCCCCUACCACGAAACCUGGAGAGAAAGGAGGAGAAGGCGGUGAAGAUGACGAAAAGGAGAACGAAGAGAAUGGCAACGGUCAGGAGGGUGGAGCGACCAAAGAAGGAAGAAAGAAAGCCAAAGGAGGAGGAAAGAAGGCCAAACAGGGCAACAGAACUACAUCUGCUGUAAGUCGAGGAAAAGGUGCUCCAUGUGAUUCAUUUGUCGAGGAGAAUGUGGAGUCAACAACUAUUCUGAAAGAAGGCCGUGAUUCGAAUGUGACAUAUUCUACUGGUGUCAUCAUACGUGUUACUUGCUCCCGGGGCUACUCGCUCAAUAUUGGUGAGAACGUGACAGCGAGGUGUAUUCGUGGAAGAUGGAAACCUGACAAACCUCAUUGCCGGAUAAAACCAUGUAGCGUGCCCGCCAGUGAACAUGGUAUUUAUACAAGGUCAUCAAACGGCAACGGGGAUUCGGCGAACGGAAACUCUAGUAAAACAGCUGGAAUGGUACUGAAUGAAACAACAGAAGUGGCUCACAAUCAAGUGGUGGAAUUCUCGUGCUCGGUUGGCUACAACAUCCAGGGCCCCGCUAAUCUCAAGUGCUGGUACGGAGUGUGGGCUGUUGCAUCGUUGCCAGAUUGUUCACCUGCACCAUGUGAGCUACCACACAUCAGCCAUGGACAGUACCUGUUGGGGUACAGAGCUGGACUUACCAUUGGCAAUGGAUCUUCAGUUACUUAUCAGUGCGAUGCUGACUAUCGUCCCACUACUCAUGAGCCACUCAACUGUGUACUGGGCGAACUAAGGCCUCGGUCUCCUUCUUGCAAAAAAGAUGGAGGCGAGUAUAUAACAGGGGGAGACAUCACGAAAGCGGGGGGUGAAAUGGGUGCUGUCGACUACCUGACAGGACUUCGCGGCUCGUGUGGCCCCCCGGCCCGGGUUCAGGGCUCCCUUGUGUUCCGCAACGGAGAACCACUGGCCGAAGCUGAACGCAGUUUCCCUGACGGCACAGAGGUCACCUUUAAUUGUAUCGCUUCCAUAAUGGGAGAAAGGAACUCGUGGAGGAUUGUGUGUGAGGACGGUAGCUGGCUCGGACGGGCUUUGUCUUGCGAUGUUGAAGACCCACAAGACUCAACCAGUACCGUCAAAGAUAAUUCGACUUGUACGUUUAGAAACACUGAGCCCAACGUCUCCACAUUUUAUAGAGAUCAGCCGGUUACUGAAGAACAAGUCGAGUUUCCUUCAGGUGCUAUUCUGCUUUUCAGAUGUGCUGACAUAGGAAAGUAUGCAAUGAUAGGAUCUCAGAGACGAAAAUGUUCCCAAGGCGAGUGGGAUGGUCAAAGGCCUGUCUGCUUUGGACUGAAUCAGGAGAAUGACUACGCAUUGGAGAAACCACCUACAAUCUUGUUCCGUCAUCAGCUCGGUCCAAUAGCGCAGAGUAAUCAGGGUACCCUAAUAGUUUACCCUGGUACAAUUCUUCAUAUGGAAUGCUUGUGGAUUAGGCGUUUCGGCACACCUAAAUGGGCAGUCUCUCAUAAUUAUCGGAAGUAUCCAGAAGGUUGGUCGAGUGAUCCUGGAAGAGAUUCUCAACUGGAGUACAGACUCAGCAUUUUCCAUGCAAGUAGAGAUGAUUCAGGCACAUUCACGUGCAUCACUCCCACCAGACACACGCAUUCAGUUGAAAUCGAAGUUAAAGCCGUCCACUGCAACCAGUUACCAUCUAGAAGAGGAUUGAAAAUGAGCACAACAAAUACAAAAAUGAACACGAGAGUUAUUCUGACCUGCAACAAUGGCAACUCUCUGAUUGGUGCUCCUGAAUUGGUGUGUCUUCCUUCAGGAAACUGGAGUGCUCCUAUGCCAGUUUGUGAAAGUAUGGAAUGUCCUGACCUGAUAAAUUUGUCUGACCCAAAUCUGCGAGCGUCAAUUUUGAGUCGUGAAGUGGGUGGACAAGUGAUGUUCUCAUGCAGUCAAGGAUUUGGACUGGUCGGUCCAGCUCAUUCCACGUGUCAACCUUCCGGAGAAUGGGCUUCACCUUUACCCACUUGUCGCGAGGUUCAAUGCGAUCCACCGGGAAUUCCUGAGAAUGGUUUCAUACAAGGUCAAGGUACUUACAAAGCUGGAGACUUGGUUCAGUUCUCCUGCAACCCUGACCAUAUGAUGGAAGGCCAGCCUAUUAUCGCUUGCCAAGAAAACGGCAGAUGGUCUGGAUCGGUUCCAAGAUGUGUUCAAGCUUGCUCCUAUCCUGGAACUGCAAUCAGUGGUCGCAUGAGCUCUGUAAAAUUCUACUACCAGAUUGGGGAAACGGUUACAUUCACUUGUGAUAACGGCCUGGUGAUGCAAGGAGCUGCUAUGCUCAGAUGUCUCAGGAAUGGAAAAUGGUCAAACACCAUACCAACUUGUGUUUCUCCUGCAGCAUAAGAAAUGUUGGUUCUUUCAGCAAGUGAAUGAGGUACUCAGGCGCCAAACUGUUUGGGAAAUUGGGGUGGAAUCCCAAUUUGAAGGCUUCAAUCAAUUUUUAUUGUCACCUAAAAAUAAUUAUUGUAUUCGAAUUCUUAUGAAAUGUCAUCAAAUCGUAAUGGAGCUUCAGGAAAGUAUUAUCAACUGCAGAGUAAUGGAGUAAUAUCAUAAGGAAAUCACAUUGUAUAUCCACACCAAUACAUUUUAAAGUUUUCAUCAAAUUAAAUUUUAUUAGACCAACUAAGGAGAUUUGUAUAAAUUAAUUCUAUCAAUACAAAACUACAUUGAAAUCGAUGUAUGGAUUCUGUAAAUAAUAAUGAAUAUUUUAAAGCUUUCAAUAUUCAAAUAUAUUUGUGCAAGAUUAAGAUUUAUUGCAUCAAAUUAUAUCUAAAGAUUUAUCUUAGAUUAUGUAUAGAAGUUUUGAAAUUUUGAAGUUCUAUUCUAGUCAAAUAAAACUUGUUGAUUGAA